AUGCCUUUUAUUUCUCUUAAAUGCGGAGGGCCAGCAGCGCACAAAAGCCCCACAGAUUUUGCUGCGUGGCUAGAGGGCAGCAACGACAGCAGCAGCAGCAGCAGCAGCAGCAGCAGCAACAGCAAUGGUAAAAGCAGCAGCAGCAGCAGCAGCAGCAGCAGCAGCAGGGCAGUUCCAGCAGCAAGGAAUCAAACUGCAGCGCCAGCAGCUGCAGCAAAACAGCACCCCCUUCUGCGGCUGCACUUUCAUAGAACAAGCAGUAGCACAGACAGCAGCAGCAGCAGCAGCAGCAGCAGCAGCAGCAGCAGCAGCAGCAGCAAACAAUCGGACCUUCUGGGUAUAUGCCAGGACCCUAGUGCUGCAGUUGCUGCUUCUGCUGCUUCUGCUCGUUAUUGCCUAUGCUCCGCUACUCCUGCUGCCGCUGCUGCUCCCGCUGCUGCCGCUGCUGCUCCCGCUGCUGCUGCUGCUGCUGCUGCUGCUGCUGCUGCUGCUGCUUGUAGGCGCGCGCCGUCGAAGCCAUUAGCUGCAGCUUUGGUAGUUUUAAAUCCCCGAAAAGGAAAUAAAAUUCAAAUGGCAUUAAGAAGUUCUUUUGUUUGCAGUUUAGUGAAAAGAAAGUCUUUUUCGAAGAGUCCUGCUGCAGCACAGUGGCUGCUGCUGCUGCAAACGGGUUUUUCUUUGUUUUCUGAAUUUAAUUUGAAAUAA